AUGCUUGCUGGGACGGGAUGUUCACCGGGGUGGACUGCUGGCCAGGAAAAUGAAGUCGAGGAGGCCGCUGCUCUGUGCGCGGAGCAGCUUGCGGAGGUGCAAAAACUGCUGGAAGCGCAGCCAAAUAACCUGGAGCUGCUGCAGCUCAAGUGUGAAUUGGAGGCAGCUGUGCUUGACACCAAAGGUGUGCUGGAAGAUAUGAAAGGGACAUCGGGCGCAACCACUGAUGAAAGCGACAAGAGGCAAGGGAUAACUGGCGAGCACAAUGGGCGCAUGGCACAGCCAGAGCCCCACACAGAACAUACCUCUGGGAGCAUGUAUCCAGAUCCCAAGGAAUCGUCAGAGACCACUGUUGGACCGCAAGAAUACGAGAAAGAAGCCAACCGAAACAGACGCCCAAACAACUACAAAAUACACCCAAGGAGCAAGUAUGCACAUGAGGAGCCAGAUUUCGGACGACUUUCACAGAUGUACCCCAACCUGAAAAGAUUUGUGCACUGCCCAAAGGAUGGAGCACCAACAAUCGACUUCAAGUGUCCCCAGGCCACUCUCGAAUUAACUCGCACGCUGCUAUUGCACGAUUUUGGCAUAAAUUGGGAUAUUCCCAUCGGCCAGCUUGUGCCACCACUGACCAGUCGUGUGAACUACAUCCACUGGUUGGAGGACCUGCUGGCGUUGUCCUCCCCACCAGGGCCAGUGAUGGGGCUGGAUGUGGGGUGUGGAGCAAACCUCAUCUACCCCUUGCUUGGCGCCUCUCUGCUGGGAUGGCAUUUUGUUGGGGUGGACACCACUGACGUUGCCAUCACAUGGGCGCGGAAAAAUUUGGACGCCAAUCCACAAAUCAGCAAACUUCUCUGUGUGAGGAAAGUUCCUGCAGAGGGCAAGAUCCUGGCGCCUGCUGUGCAGAUGGGCGAAAAUUUCCAUUUCAGCAUGUGUAAUCCCCCAUUCUUUGACAGCAUAGAGCAGUCAAACCUGAAUCCCAACACUGCCUUUGGUGGUACACCUGAGGAGAUGGUGUACCCUGGUGGGGAGAUGGCCUUCGUCAUGCAGAUGGUCGAAGAUAGUAUGGAGCUGAAGCAAGCAAUCCACUGGUACACUUCCAUGGUGGGCAAGAAAUCAACCCUCAAAGCUGUGAGACACAGGUUAUUGAGUGCAGGUGUGAAAGCAGUUCGCACUACCGAGUUCUUCCAGGGGAAGACCUCUCGAUGGGCGAUUGCCUGGUCGUUUGCAGCUUCACCGGACACAAAUUCGUUGCCUCUUCCGGCUCCUGCUCGAUCCAAGGGCGCCCCGUCCACAGUGGAAAGACAGUUAUUCAAGGAGGUGGAGUGCGGUUCCAAGUCGGUGGAGGACCUCCUGGCCUGUCUCGAGAGCGUCACGAGCGCCCACGGCUGCCUCUCGGCGAGGAGCCCGGGCGCGCCGCACACGCUCCUGGUCAGCCUUCCGGAGGCGGCCCACGACACCGAAGGCGAAAACCGUGACGCGAAGCGCAGGCGAGUCGUCGACGGGGGCGGGAGCCCGGACCCCGGGGCCCGGCAGCGCGGGCCCCAGGGUCCGGAGCUGCCUGUGUGCAUAAGGGCAGUGCAGGAAAGGCGCGGUGCCCUGACGCUGAUGGCCUCCGUGCGCGCGGGCGCGAGCGAGGCCGACGCCGCAUCCUUCUCGUCUAUGGCGAGGCGCGUCUUCGGCGACCUGGACUUGGUCUGGCAGAGCUGA